CGCUUCGUAUGAUUUAUACUGUCCAACUGGCAUCGACUGGCCAUAUGCAUGACCAACCACAAUCCGAUGAGUGCCGAGCCGAUGACGAUGCCAAAUUCACCCUUUGAGUCUUGCACUGCCACAACUAGGCUUCCGCUAUAGCUGGACAUAGAAGCCUUUGAAGCUUCAAGCUUCAAGUUGAACAAGAGCUCUAAGGCACACGGCAACGCAAAUUUACACCAGGGCCAAUCAAUCACUGAUCAAUUGUAAAAAUUUUGUCAAGUUGGCAGUGCAGAGUGCGUCGAGUCAUCGGUCGUGACGCGACUCAACCCUCUAGCCUCUCGCACUUGUCCUGGAUACCGCUGUCUGAUCAUAGACGGGAACGUCGAAAUUGGUUCAUCUCAGCUCCCAAAAUUUGCUAAAAGACACCUCACGUUCUAGUUGCCUUGUUGUUCCUAGACCAUCCUUUUUUCUUAGCUCUGCACGAAGCUGCCAGUACCACGACUUGAUACCAAUGGUCCAAAUUGCCCCCCUCCUCUUGCAGGUUCUUGUCGCUGUCGCGCAAGCCCCUCCUGUCGCGCGCAACGUUUAUUCCAAUGCCCUCGCUGUCCGUCAGGUAAAUACGAGCGACCUCCCUUCUCAAUGCCAAAGCACGUGCCAAGUCAUCAAUACGAUAAGUGACUGCGACAACAGUCUAUCUUGCAUUUGCGGGUCGUCCAUUGGAACCCAGCUUCAAACAUGCAUGGAUUGCCUUGUUACGGCUGAACCAUCUGCCUCGACGGAUGCUGAUUCCGCCAUCGACGGCUGGAACGAAGCUUGCGGUGGAUCUCUUACCCUUGCCAGUGGACAGACUUCUACUUCGACAUCUGCUGCGAAGAGCUCUACUGCUACUGGUAGUAGUAGUAGUAGUGGCAGCAGCCCCUUCGUUACCAAAACUGGUGAUGCUAUGAGCAUGAAGGCUAUUGGGGCACUUGGCCUGGUCGUUUCCAUUGCUUGCGGUAUCAUCAUACUCUGAACAUGAGUGCCAACCUUAGGGCGAACCUUUCCUUGACAGAUGAUCAGUAUAACCACACUCUCCUUUCUUAACACUGCAUAAGUACACCUACUGUUAUCGAACAAUUUAACUAGUAAAAUUAUUCGCCGCUAUGGCACGGUUGCUCGUUGGUAUCGCUGAAACAGGAAGAAUUA